CGAAACCAGCAAAAUCAGCCAGCUUGUAGGUACACGCUAGCCGUGACCGACGAGCUGCGCCCCGUUCAUUUUUCGACCUUCGGAGCCAAAGCAUCACAGCCCUUGACCCUCUCAGAUGGUCGUAUUCGCCGUGUUAUUCACAAGUGACAUUGCCCGACGCACGCCUGUAUCGGUGCCUUGACUUCAGCGACGUAUACGUAUCAAGCGCACGGGAGAUCGCAAUGUCUUUUCCCAACAAGGAGCAGCGUCAGAAGUGUUGGGAUUCUAGGGAUCGCUACUGGGAAUGCCUCGACAAGAACGCCGGCAAUGCGAAUCGCUGCACAGAAACGAAAUCUCAGUACGAGACCCAUUGCCCAAGCCAGUGGGUUAAGCACUUCAACCGCAAGAGAGAAUACCUGCAGUUCAAGGACAAGAUUGAGAACGAGGGGUACGAGCCACUUGAUGACCCAAAAACCAGGGCAAAAAGCUGAGGCACUCUGUUGCGUGCGAGCAUUCGCAUUGUUGAUACAGUUUUUACUAAGUCAGAGAGCUGUGCAAGUACACCAAAGCCAGGCAGCAGAUCCAUUCAUAAGUAAACUCAUGUGUUACAUAGAGCACAUAAUGUAUUCGUCAUUGGGGCAUUACAUUCAAAAGGAAGUGUCAUCCUUAGCACCCUAUGAAAUGAUUUAACAUAACCAAAUAAUGAUAUAGGAGUAGAGUACGAAUUUAGAAGCAUGAGCACCCAUAGAUGUUCGCAUGUGUGUGACUGCUUGUCUGGCUUGAGUGCUGAUUGUUGUUCAUGUCGCAAUAAAGCAUUUUUGUACAACACA